AUGACUUUAGACGCGGUCAAGAAAGAUGGUUUUGUAGAUGUCAAGGAAGAAGGAUUACGAGCUUGGAGAUGGCGAAAAAGAUAUCUUGUAUUAAGGGAACAAUGUUUAACCAUUCAUAGAAGUGAACAUUUGGGACAAUGUGUUGCUAUGGUUGCAUUGAAAAUGGUAGAAGCUGUUAAUAGAUCAGAAUCAAAAAAACAUUGUUUUGAAUUGGAAACAUCGAAAAAGAAGAUUUAUAUUGCUUGUAGAAAUGAUGAAGAAUUAUAUUCAUGGAUGGAUGAAAUAUAUAACUUAUCUCCGUUAGGUGCUUCUGGUCCAACUGAUUUUGUACAUAAAGUUCAUGUUGGUUUUGAUCCUAUCACUGGAGCUUUUACUGGUGUACCUGCUCAAUGGAAUGCCUUAUUGAAAGGAUCUAAGAUUACUCCUGAAGACGCUGCAAGAAAUCCUCAAGCUGUUUUAGAAGCUCUGGAAUUUUAUACCGAACAAACUCGAAGGGAAAAACAAGGAUAUGAAUCUGAAGAAUCUGAUAAAGAAGACGAUGCUUGGUAUUAUCAAUCUCAAGAUAAUGAAAAAAUUAAAUCAAAACAACCUAUUCCAAAACCAAGUAGAUCUUCUCCUGCCCCAGAUAACUAUCAACGCCCAUUAGCCCAGGAUGAUCAAUCACAACAACAAAAAUCGUCGCGUAUUCAACCUCAUGUAAAUACAACCAAUACUACUGCAAAUACAAAAUCAGAAGAUUCAAAAUCAACAUUGACAAGAACCAAAUCAGAUACCAAAAAACAAGCCCCUAGUAGCAACAAGGCAAUCACCGCAAUAUCAAGCUCUGUAUCACCUCAACCAGCUCUACAAUCUUCCACUCCGGUACCUACAACAUCCAAGCAAGCUUCCCCAUCCAAACGACAAGAACAAAGGAUCAGUACUAUGAGUAAUGCCCAAAUUAUGGAAAGAUUAAGAUCAGUUGUUUCUAAUGGAGAUCCUAGUUUAUUAUAUAGACGAAACAAACGAAUUGGUCAAGGAGCUUCAGGAUCUGUGUAUUUGGGAACCCAUAUGACAACAAACACCAAGAUAGCAAUCAAACAAAUGGAAUUGAACAAACAAUCAAGAUUGGAUUUGAUUGUCAAUGAAAUCAUGGUGAUGCAAGAAUCUCGUCAUGGCAAUAUUGUCAACUUUUUGGAUUCAUUUUUAGUACGUGGUGAUUUAUGGGUGAUCAUGGAAUUCAUGGAAGGUGGUGCUCUAACGGAUGUGAUAGAAAACAAUACAAUGACGGAACAACAAAUUGCUACUGUGUGUAUUGAGACUACGAAAGGAUUGCAUCACUUACAUUCACAAAACAUCAUUCAUCGGGAUAUCAAGUCUGACAAUGUAUUGUUAAAUUUCCAGGGACAGGUUAAAAUUAGUGACUUUGGUUAUUGUGCUAAACUAACGGAUCAAAAAAACAAACGUGCUACCAUGGUGGGGACACCAUAUUGGAUGGCCCCUGAAGUUGUCAAACAAAAAGAAUAUGGAUCCAAAGUAGAUAUUUGGUCAUUAGGAAUUAUGGCCAUUGAAAUGAUUGAAAAUGAACCACCGUAUUUGGAUGAAGAACCACUCAAAGCCCUCUACUUGAUUGCCACCAAUGGUACUCCUUCAUUAAAACAUCCGGAAAGAUUGUCUCGUGAACUCAAGAGUUUCUUGGCUGUAUGUCUCUGUGUAGAUGUGAAAUCAAGAGCAACUGCCGCUGAAUUACUAGAGGUACGUAUAUCUUCAUGA